AUGGAUAUCAGAAACACAUGUGUUUUUCACAUUCUAAUGCUGAUCGCAGUAGGUAUUGGAGAAUGUUUGGCAGUGAAGCAUCUCACAUUGACCGAAGGAGAUACGUUGGUACUAAAAUGUCUGAAAAACUCCAUUGGGAGCGUUAACAUGGAGUGGAGAAAUCCAAAAGGUCAUGCCCUAUUUUUCAACGAACAAAAAGCUUUGAAAGACUCAAGGACCAGUGUUUUUACUCUGAACGACUCUGAAUUCACAAUACACCUGUCCAACGUGCAACUAAAAGAUGAAGGUGUUUACAAAUGUCUAGAGUAUGAUGACAACAUCACUUCAAAAAGAUACAGAGUAAAAGUUUUGGGUACCCCAAGAAUAGAAAUGAGUGAGCAUGGAGAUCAUAAAAUCAUAAAAUGUACAACCGCAGCAAAUGACCACCCACCUGAACUCUCAUGGCUACUGAGUGGGAUCGAGAUCGAGGCCCAACCUAACACAUCAUGGGAAGGUGGAUCCAACAGGUCAUCAGUAGUAAGCGUCUUAAAAGUCAAAACUCAUAUCAGGAAAGCUACAGUGAAAUGUUUGGCAAAACACAGAGUUCUCUCAAAACCACUAGUGGAUUUCAUCAUCAUAGAAAAUGACUCAAUUACAGUUUCCACACCAAGCUAUUCCAGGACAACUGACAAACAAAAAACAGAGACAAUGAUCACAGUUACGUCUGCAGCUUUUAUUAGUACAGAAAACAUGGCUUUGACAUCAGCUUCAGAAAGGCUUGAAGUGACCUCAACCACAGAGAGAACAACUUUAAAUAGUGCACAAACACAGUACACAGACACUUCAGACAACAAUUCAACUGAAGGAUUCCAGAUAAAAAAUGUCACCAGCUCAGAAGGUUUUGGCAUAGAAAACAAACACAAGCCCGACCACCAAUUUGCCCUAAAUCAAAGCUCACCCCUGCUGGUCCUGCUAGUGACAUGCCUGAUUUUAUGUUUGCUUAUUGUCGUCAUCUUCUUUGCAAUCAAACUGCGACGCGCCCAUCUAGCCUGGAAACGAGAGAAUGAAGAAUCCGACCAAUCUGUGGAAAGUAGCAAAUCAAAAUCUAGCCAUGAAGAAAAGCAGGCCCAGGAGAGAAGACGAAAGGGUUUUUGGAACUCGAAUUUCACAGUAUACAAAGUAGAGGAAGAAACUCCACAGAAUGUGACCAAUUCCAACAGCACAAGAGAAACAGAGAUCACAGAAACAGAAGACAGUUCGAGAACAGCAUCUAACAAGCUUGAAGUAGCCUGUGUCAAAGAGACUGAACUUUAGAGGAAUAUUCAGCUGGAUCUGAAUAAGAGACUGAACUGAUUUUGCAGUUUGACAAUGGUGCUUAGUUAGCCUGUUUGAAAAAAAAGUUCAAUAGAGGCUACCUUUUGUAUAUAUGUUGUUAUGUUUAAAUGUUGUUAAUACAAAGUUACUUUUGCUAAUGUUCAAUAAAGCUUUAUGCUGUUUUAUACAA